CGACCUGUACAUCGGCUUGGCCUAGCGGACAUCAUAACAAUCGCGAUCCCACGUAUCGUCCCCCUCCCCGCCUCGUCUUCCGUCUUGUUCGUGUGGGUGAGAGCUGUUGGUAGUCCUGGACCGGCCAUCUUCCAGUCAUUAUCUCUUUUCCUCGUUGUUCAUCACCCAAUCCCUCGUCUUGCAUUGCAUCCUCCGGGGAUUUCUCUAUCGUCCUCCCUCUUAUGCCCCGCCGGUCCUAAGCGCCAGCGCUACGCCCAGAUCUAGACGCUCCCUCCUCCCAGAGCACCACCACCCGCGCCCUAGACCCUGCCAUUUGCUGCCCUAUUAGCCUCCAUUCAGCUUCUGGCCAGCAAUUGGCAUCUUUUCGAGUCUCCGUCCACAUUUGCUUUGGAAUUAACGCGGAUAGCGAAGCCACUGGAACAAAAUGUCGCUCUCCCCAGAAGCUCGUCUUCAGUUCACUCCGAUCAUUGAUUCGAUCUUAGCAAAAAGCGACCUGAAUACCAUUUCCGAGAAGCGCAUUCGCAAAGGCCUUCAGGAAGAGAUCGGAUAUGACCUUACCCCGCAAAAGGCUGCCGUCAAGCAGCUUAUCAUGGAGCGUUUCGACAUCUUCGCGGCAAAAGGGGGCAUUGUAGCUGCACCCGAGCCGGCUGUGACUGCUGUCCCAACUACCAAUGGCCAUGGUCCUAGCCAUGGCUCCGACACUCCUCCUGCGGAACCAUCGUCUCCUGCACAGUCCUCAAUCUCCCACAAACGCCAAGCGGAUAGUGAGGAUAAUUCGGACCUUUCGAGCAAGACGCCCCCAGCAAAGAAGAAAAAGCCGGAUAAUGACAUUGAUGCGGAUGCCCUGUACGCUGCAAAGCUACAGGCCGAGGAGAAUAUGCGCGCUCGUCAAACCCGUGGGGGCAAUGCGCGCAGAGCUCCUCCCGUGAAGAAGAAGACGACCAAGGCGAAGACAUCUAAGAAAGUCAAGGCGGAAGAUGAUUCUGACGUUGAGUCGGGUUCAGAAUCGGGGAAGAAAGUCAACCGGUCAGGCGGUUUUCAUAAACCACUCACUCUUUCACCAGCGCUUUCCGCCCUGUUGGGUGGCGAGGUUACUCUCUCUCGUCCGCAGACAGUCAAGCGACUCUGGCAGUAUAUUCACGAGCAUGAUCUCCAAGACCCUAGUGAUAGGCGACAGAUCUGCUGCGACGACGCCAUGCGGGCAGUCUUCAAACAAGACCGUAUACAUAUGUUUACCAUGACCAAAAUCCUGAGUCAAAACUUAUAUAGCCCCGACGAAUGACCUGUUGCCGUUGAUCGAGAAUUACGGUGACCAGUUGCCUUCAGGACAGGGCAGCCUGCGGCGAAUAUCUUGCUGCACUUUACGACUAUCUUAUUUCCACUCAUUGCACCGCAUAAGGAGACCCGGCGCUACAUUGCUUUGUUUAUUAUUUAUUCUCUCAUUGCCCUCUCAUAGUGUCUCAUCCCUGGCUUUUCCCAUUCUCUUGGUUUUAUUUACUGAUAUUGUCAUUGGCGAGAUGCUUGCCUCAUGUUUCCUUUUGUUGAUUUGAUAGUUUCUCUCCAGCGGGAGUUGGUGCUGCCUUUGAACUAGGCGCGAUGGAUAAUUCUAUUUAGAGAUCAUAUAUGAUUCUGAUGGUGGGCUCGUAUAGCCUGUU